GGAUUAAAAAGGUAUUCAGGGUCGGAGCGCCAGCACAUGAUGUCACUCCACAGCAGGGUCCAUCGGGCGAUUAAAAACGCCGGGAGCUAAGGAACAGUAAACAUUAGCUGCAAGGGUUGAGAGUGAGAGAGAGAGAGAAGAGCGGUGGUGAUACACAGAGAAGGUGGCUGCCUGCCUGCGAUCCUGGUUUACCCCCACACAGCCUGGGAUUUGAGUUUAUUCCAACAACCCUCAAAGGCAAAAUGAUUCUCAGCAGCGUCUUGCUCAUCUUUAGUUUGCACCUCAGUUACCGGACCAGCUCCUGCCAACGGACCGGUGGAGAUUUCAACCACCAAAUGCUUUCUCAGAUGAAGCUAACAAACCAGGAACUGACAGAGAUUAAAGAGCUCCUCAAACAACAGGUAAAGGAGACCAUCUUUCUGAAGAACACCUUGGCAGAAUGUGACUUCUGUGGCAUCCAACGGGAGGGGAAGCAGCCGCCGAUCACCGUCUACCCGCUGGUAAAAUGCGACCCUAAUCCCUGCUUCCCCGGUGUGCUGUGCUCCGAGACUGGCAGCGGCUUCCUGUGCGGCCAGUGCCCCACCGGACUCACCGGCAACGGGAGCUAUUGUACUGACAUGGACGAGUGCCAGACACAGCCUUGCUUCCCUGGAGUCCGUUGCAUCAAUAGAUCCCCUGGUUUUCAAUGCGACUCUUGUCCGAGCGGCUUCAGUGGCCCCAGAAUCCAGGGGACAGGGGAGACGUUUGCUCGGACACACAAGCAGGUGUGCACGGAUAUCAACGAGUGUGACAAUGGGCGUAAUGGUGGCUGUGAUCCAAACUCCAUCUGCACCAACAGCCUGGGAUCUUUCCGCUGUGGGUCCUGUAAGGCCGGGUACGUCAGAGACCGGUUCAGAGGAUGCCAACCGGAGAGGAACUGUUCAAACGGAGCCCCAAACCCCUGCCAUCAGUUCGCACAAUGCAUCGUGGCACAGAACGGCCGCAUCAGCUGUGCGUGUGGAAUCGGCUGGGCUGGAAAUGGCUACGUCUGUGGACCUGACACGGACAUCGACGGCUUUCCUGACACCGCGCUGGACUGCCGCGGCAGAGACUGCAACAAGGAUAACUGUGUGACUGUACCAAACUCUGGGCAGGAAGAUGCGGACGGUGAUGGGAUUGGAGAUGCCUGUGAUGAUGAUGCUGAUGGAGACGGCAUUCUUAACAAAGAGGACAAUUGCAUUCUGAUACCAAAUGUCAACCAGAGGAACACCGACCAGGACAACUUUGGGGAUAUGUGCGACAACUGCAGACUGAUCUUUAAUAACAACCAGAAGGACAUCGAUGGCGAUGGAAAGGGAGAUGUCUGUGAUCAGGACAUGGAUGGAGAUGGAAUCCGGAACAGUUUGGAUAACUGUGAGCGAGUUCCAAACCGGGAUCAGAGGGACCGGGACAGGGAUAGGGUGGGAGAUGCCUGUGACAGCUGCCCAGACAUCGCUAACCCAGACCAGUUGGAUGCUGACCAGGACCUGGUGGGUGAUUCAUGUGACACCAACACUGACAGUGAUGGGGAUGGGCACCAGGACACCAGAGACAACUGCCCGAUGGUGAUCAACAGCGCCCAGCUGGACACAGACGGGGACGGGCUGGGUGACGAGUGUGAUGAUGAUGACGACAAUGACGGAAUUCCCGACAAACUGCCCCCAGGACCAGACAACUGCCGGCUUGUGGCCAAUCCAACCCAGCUGGACCAGGAUGGUAAUGGGAUUGGAGACAUCUGUGAAGGAGAUUUUGACGAUGACAAAGUGAUUGACGUCAUUGAUGUGUGCCCGGAGAACGCCCAGAUUACACUCACUGAUUUCCGAGCCUUCCAGACAAUAGUGUUGGACCCUGAGGGAGAUGCACAAAUCGACCCAAACUGGAUUGUCUUAAACCAGGGGAUGGAGAUAGUGCAGACGAUGAACAGUGACCCAGGCCUCGCCGUUGGGUACACGGCUUUCAAUGGUGUGGACUUUGAGGGAACGUUUCAUGUCAACACUGUGACAGAUGAUGAUUACGCUGGAUUCAUCUUCGGCUAUCAGGACAGCUCUAGCUUCUAUGUGGUGAUGUGGAAACAGACGGAGCAAACCUACUGGCAGGCCAAUCCCUUCCGCGCUGUGGCUGAGCCUGGCAUCCAGCUCAAGGCAGUGAAGUCGCAGACGGGUCCGGGGCAACACUUGCGGAAUGCUCUCUGGCACACGGGAGACACUAAUGACCAGGUCCGGCUCCUGUGGAAGGAUCCCAGGAACAUCGGCUGGAAAGACAAGACGUCGUAUCGCUGGUUCAUGCAGCACCGGCCACAGGUCGGGUACAUCAGGGUGCGGCUGUACGAGGGGCCGGAGAUUGUGGCCGAUUCCAGGGUGAUCAUUGACACCACCAUGCGCGGAGGGAGACUCGGAGUCUUCUGCUUCUCCCAGGAGAAUAUCAUUUGGGCAAAUCUACGCUACCGUUGCAACGACACGGUUCCAGAAGAUUUCCGCCCAGCACAACCACAGUCGCAGUUUUGAAGGUGACCUCUGAACUCCUGAUCCUCAAGAACCAUUGACCCUUGAACCCUGACAAGUGGCAAUCUCUCAUCACAGCCUUGAAUCAAUGUUUUUUCUGCUCCUUCCCCACGGUUUAGUCAGCAUCAGUUGGACCUGGGAGUGUGGCAAACACCAGGCCCGGGAUGAAGACUGAUCUGACUCGUGACUUCUCUCUUCAGUUGAUUCCUCUGUGUUGAGGUGAUCACAUUCACAACACCAUCUCAAGAGAUGUUUUGGCAGCAGUGGGGUGAAGCAGGAGCAGGGCAGAGCAAAGAGAAACAGAUUUUAGCCAGAGUUUCAGAACUCUGCUCAAUUAUACCAAAGUGGAUUUGUAGAAACUAACAGUGCAGGUGGAGGCCAUUGUGCCCGACUUACCUGUGCUGGCUCUUCAAGACAGCAAUGAUGCUUAAUCCACACCACUGCUUUUGGUCAGUAACCUACUCGUUCCCACAUCUUUCCAACAAUAGACAAUAGACGCAUGAGUAGGCCAUUCGGCCCUUCGAGCCAGCACCGCCACUCAAUGUAAUCAUGGCUGAUCAUCCCCAAUCAGUACCCCGU